CUCCAUAUUUCUACAACGCGUAUUGCGAAAUUUCCACAACUCUUCUCUUUACCGUUUCGUCUCUGUACUUAUAUAUCAGCUUUGCGAGAAUCGGUGCAGCUUUUUAAGCGUUGACCGUUUUGGUUUAUCCCCGGAUUUGAAUUAUCCGACUAUCAGUUUAUCUUAUAUUGAAAUGAGUCUACAACAGGAAUCACACCGUCCUCAUCACCGAUUUGGUAAUCCGUUUAAAAUGAUAUUAUCACCCAAGGGCUCAUAUUUGUCUCCUAAACUCCUUGCUCUGUUGAAUUCAUUUGAGCAGACAUUAGCAGGGAGACUUAAGAGUCUUAAGCCUGGAGGCAAGGAAGAUAUCCUUAGCCUUUCAUGGAUGAAACAAGCAAUAAGCACACUUUGUGCAGUCCAUACAGAUGUGAAAACUCUUAUUACUGAUCUCGAGCUUCCUGUAUCUGACUGGGAUGAGAAGUGGAUUGGUGUCUACUUGGACAAUAGUUUAAGGAUGCUGGAUAUGUGUGUAGCCUACAGCUCUGAGAUUUCCAGGCUUAGCCAAGGCCACCUUUAUCUUCAGUGCAGCUUGCACAACCUGGAUGGCUCCUCAACACAGUUCAUGAAGGCUCGUUCUUCAUUGGAUGGAUGGAAGCAGCACAUUAUUGCAAAGAACCAUAGACUGGAGAAUUGCUUUGCCAUCUUGGACAGCCUCACUGAAUCACUGAACCUACCCAAGAUUAAGAAUUCUGCUAAAGGGAAGGUUCUGAUGCAUGCGAUGUAUGGAGUGAGGGUUGCAACUGUUUUCAUAUGUAGCAUCUUUGCUGUUGCAUUCUCGGGUUCUGCAGCAAAAUUGAAGGAUCUGCAGGUUCGUGAGACUUGCUUGUGGACAGAAGCUUUUGUUGAUCUUCGUGAUUUUAUUAGUGGUGAGAUCAGGGGCAUAUAUUCUGGAGGGAAAUUCACAGCACUGAAGGAGCUUGAAGCAUUGGAUGUUAGUGUGAAGAAGAUAUACCCAGUCAUACAGGAUGGAGUAGACCCUAUUGACGCGGCACAGUUGGAACUUCUAACUUCAGAUCUGACUAAAAAAACAGAAAAAUUUUCGGUAGGACUAGAUCUCCUAGCAAAGGAGACAGAUAAGUUCUUUCAAAUCCUUCUAACUGGACGUGAUGCUUUGCUUUGUAACCUUAGAGUUGGUAGUGCAGUCGUUAAACCAGCCCAUCCAAACAAAAAUGUACAUAAACAAAUGGUGAAGUGAUGGUUAAGAAAGCGAGUAUCUUUUGUGUAUACACAUGGGUGCGUGUGUCAAUGCGGAGUUUUGUGCUUUCUGGUUAAAUAUGAUGUACUGCUAAGAUGUGCAAUAUAUAAUAUUUGUUGUGAUAAAGGUUGUGUAAUUUAUUGUGGUAAAGGUUGUGUAUUAUGGCCAUAUAGGUGUUUUAUAAUGAUCAAUAUAUGUCUGUACUCCUCUACUACGUCAACGAUGUAUAAAAGAAGUUUAUGGUUCAA